AUGCCCCUCUGGCAAAUCUACCACCCACCAACUACCUUCACCUCCCCGUCAUCCAAGCACUCUUUCGCUUCAGACAUCACCAAGUUCUACACCGAACUCGGCCUCCCCGCCUUCUACGUGGUCGUAAACUUCAUCGCGACACAACCCGAGGAUGUCUACGUCGGAGGCACACCCAAACACCCCACCGACGAUAAACCCUUCGUCCGGAUAGUCAUCACGCAUAUUGCGCUGCAUGUGCCGGAUUCUGACGCUGCAUAUGCACGCACGACGAGUCGGUUGGAUAGCGUUAUGAAGCCACAUCUUCUUGAUAAAGGGUACGAUUUCGAGUAUCAUGUUGAUGAGACGGAUAGACGCCUGUGGAAGAUUAAUGCGUUGGUGCCGCCGCCGUUUGGGAGUGAGGGGGAGAGGGUGUGGAUUAGUAAGGGGAGGGCGGUUGAGUAUGAGGGGAUUUCUUCUUCCAUCUGA